AUGCGGCUCUUCUCUUCUGAUUCCCCUUUCACGUGGGUGACCUUCACCCUAGCAUUGCUUCCGGCAGUUCUUAGCUCACCCCUUCUACCAAAGCGGACGAGGGGGGUCUCAAUGGGCUUGCACACGGAUUUCCCAGACCCGAGUUUUCUCAAGGCUGCCGAUGGGAUGUGGUAUGCAUUCGCUACAAAUGGUAAUGGCAAGCGUAUCCAGGUUGCCUCCUCAAAGGACUUUUCUUCGUGGACGUUAUUGGAUAUCGAAGCCCUGCCUACGCUUUCCUCUUGGGAGACAGACAAAGACCACUACGCCCCAGAUGUGGUUCUGCGCGAUGACGGAAAGUACGUGAUGUACUACUCAGGUGAAGCCAAAUCAGACGUUGGACACCACUGCGUCGGCACGGCCAUUGCAGACAACCCUACAGGACCAUAUGUUCCCAGUGACACGCCAUUAUCUUGCCGACUUGAUCAGGGCGGGUCUAUUGAUCCAGCAGGAUUCAAAGACAAAGACGGCGCGCGAUACGUCACGUUCAAAGUCGACGGUAACAGCGUUGGCCACGGCGGCAACUGCAACAACGGAAUCGAACCUCUGGUCUCAACGCCUAUCAUGCUGCAAAAGGUUCAAGCCGAUGGGGUCACUCCUAUUGGUGAUGCAGUGCAAAUUCUCGACCGCAGUACUGCUGAUGGCGAUGGACCGCUUGUCGAAGCGCCGAGUCUGGUUUUGCGGGGUGGAACUUAUUUCUUGUUCUAUUCUACGCACUGCUAUACUGACGAUGCGUAUGACAUGCGAUGGGCCACUGCGACCAAUAUUGCGGGGCCGUAUACGAAGACGAAUGUUGAGUUGGUUAAGACUGGAGAUGGUCUUAUUUCGCCUGGUGGUGCGACAGUUUGUGGGUGUGGAGAUCGGAUGCUUUUCCACGGGUGGUGUGAUGAUUCGAAGAAGAUAAGAUGCAUGUACUAUGCGGAUGUGAACCUCAGUGGGAGGACUGCGACUAUUGUUUAG